CCAAAGACGUGCCUUUUAAAAUGGCGUUGUCAACAAUGAAAUGUAAUGUUUAGUUGUGAACUUUAGUAAAUUUAAUUUUGCCUGAUUGGACACUGGUUUUGAUUAAACAUUUUGGGUUCUUCUUGUCCUUUAAAAAAUGAACGGUUUAAGUUUUAGUGAAUUUUGUUGUCUCUUUUGUUGUCCACCUUGCCCAAGCAGAAUAGCAGCAAAACUAGCUUUUAUACCUCCGGAGCCAACUUACGAAUUUGUGUCCGAUGAAAAUGGAAAAUGCGCUUUUGCACUGACAGAAAGGGCGGAAUGGCAAUUUUCGGAAAGAGAAAAAGAAAAUAUUGAAGUAUUUUUUACAAGGACCACAAGAGGAAAUAGAAUUGCCUGUUUAUUUGUGAGAUGUAGUAACACAGCGCGAUUUACUAUAUUAUUUUCUCACGCCAAUGCUGUUGAUCUUGGACAAAUGAGUAGUUUUUAUUUGGGUUUGGGAUCUAGAAUAAACUGUAAUAUAUUUAGUUAUGAUUACUCUGGUUAUGGUGUGAGUGGAGGAAAACCAUCUGAAAAAAAUUUAUAUGCAGAUAUUGAUGCUGCUUGGCAAGCCCUUAGGACCAGGUUUGGUAUAAGUCCUGAAAACAUAAUACUUUAUGGGCAAAGUAUAGGAACUGUUCCUACUGUUGAUUUGGCUGCAAGGUAUGAAGUUGGAGCUGUGAUAUUGCAUUCUCCUCUCAUUUCUGGUAUGAAAGUGGCCUUCCCCAAGACUAAAAGAACUUGGUUCUUUGACGCUUUUCCCAGUAUUGAUAAAGUUCCAAAGGUUGUAUCCCCAACGCUAAUAAUUCAUGGUACUGAAGAUGAAGUGAUAGAUUUUUCUCAUGGGCUUACUAUUUUUGAAAAAUGUCCUAAAGCUGUAGAGCCCUUAUGGGUUGAGGGUGCAGGCCACAAUGAUGUGGAACUCUAUCCAGUGUAUUUAGAAAGACUUAAGCAAUUUAUAAUGGUCGAAUUGGAUAACUGACAACUACUGAAUGGUGAGGAUGUUACUUUCAGCUCAGGAACUUCAAGUUCUGUUGGUGAAAAGUUGCUAUAGCACGCAGCUGCAGGGACAGCUCAGAAAGGACUUGAAUUGGACAAGAAGUUGUCACCCUCUGAGCUGUCUCCCUGCGAAAAUAUCAAUACACCAACUAAAAUAACUGAUUUGGCAACAAUUUGUCAUAGUGUACCACCAGUGUGUCUCACAGUUUGUCACUGUUUAUUACUAGAGACUACAUGUUAGGAAUGUUUUAGUGUAAAUACUGUUUUCUGUGAACUGCAAAUCAACAUCUAGUUAAUUGAAGACAAUCUACAAUUGGAAUGCUCUGAUACAUUAUAAAAAGGUGAAUAUAUUUUUAUAGUUUAAGUGGUCAAAAAAUUGUUCAGGUACUCUCUAGAUUACACAAGUUACUUAAUGUACUUUUGGAAAAAGCAAGUAUUUUCUUUGUGCUGUGUUAGUGCUUACUUUUAUUUAUAUUUCAAUACAAUUAUGUUUUACACAGGAUAUUGUUAUAAAAUUUACUUAUAAUUUAGUUUUAGUAUUUAUAUAAGUAGAUUAAAACUAAUUGCGUCAACUUUAUGAAAGGUCUCUUAUCUUGGAUUCCUGAGAAUAAAAAUAUAUUCAUCUUGAGUUUGCAGAUUUUAAAGUUCAAACCACCUACAAAAAAGACAAGAUGGAGGAUGAUUUUGUGUUUUAAGUUGUGUACAAAAUUUUGAUGUGUAAAAUGACCUGCUCGGAAUAAGUUGUAUAUAAAAAAAAGGGCUGUAUUACCGAGAUGAGGCUCCACAUUGUCCUGUUUCUCUUGUUUUCAAUGUAAAUAUAAUAUGUAACUUUUUUGGUAUACUAUAUUUUGCUUAAAAAGUCUCGAGAUUUGAUACAAUUAACCAAUUAAUUAUGUAUCUAAACUAAUAAAAAUUGUUCAAUAGGCAUUUUUUAUAAAAGAUUCAGGGAUAUUGUAUCAUCAGUAAUUGGUACUUUUCUAUGAACCCUUUAAACAUAAUACAGCAGGGGAUAGCUAAUUAAUGACCUGAUGUCUUUUGUAUUGUAAACGAAUGGGCAAAAGAAAUAGCGGUCCACUUUAUCUUACCCUUUUUUCUAUAGGGCAGCCGAGACACAAUUCUGUGAACCUUAAGAUGGCUCGAAUUAUUAUAAUGUACACUUGAAAAUGGCAAUAAUAUACUAAUAAGACAUUUCCUCUAAAGAGGGGUGUGUUGCUAUUUCUUUCCCCCGUAAGAGUGAAAAACUUUGUUAUUAGCUCCCAAGUGGCCAACUUAGUUUUUAUUUGCGUUGCGAUUGAAAUUCGGCUUUGUUAAUAAUUAAACCAUAAAAAUGGCGUAAUUGCUUUCGAUAUGCUAAUUAUUAUGAUGGCAAAGAAUUUUACUUGUUUAAAUUAAGUGAUUAUUUAAGAGCUCAAUGUUAGGAAAAUUUAUUUGAAAUUGUUUUCUUAGAUAUAAUUUAUACAUAUCACUUUUGCAGUGUAUUCCGU